AUGCCUGCUCGGCGAGCUUCGCCGCGGCCAAGAACUCGGCAGCUCCAGGCAGAGGCGCAGGCACCUCAAGCUACUCCCGAGGGUGCAGGUCCCAGAAGUUCUCUUCCCUCCAAGAGGACCAGGCCUCACACAACACGCCCCCGGUGCACAAAGAUAGUCGCCUCGCGAGACUUUGAGGCGGUGCCUGGCCCUGCAGGGCACCCUAGAUAUGAAUACACAACAAAUAUAAAGUUCUUGCCGCCAUCUUACUUUCAGUAUAAAUACAGGUCAGCGACACGUCAAGGAUCUGCCACUCCUUCAGUCCAUCACUUGGCAGAGCAUUCUCCGCCAGCUUCUCCACGGCGCUCGGCCAAGUCUACCAAGCAACAGCGGACAAAAGCAGUGAAUGUAGAGCCGAAGCUGUCCCUCAGGCAAGAUAAGGAUGAUCAGAAUGAGCUGGAGCUGAGACAGAAAUGUACAGGGGCGCAGUUUUCGGAUAAUCUUGUCCCAGCCUUAAUUCCAGCGGAUACAACUUCGCCACAAGAAAUCUUGCAUGACAAUAGUCCAUAUAGGUCUCUAGAUCCGGUCGUUCCCCAAGGGUCUCCUUCUAGCACUACUUCAAAAGGGAUGCGGCUUCGUGCAGAUUGCGGGCUUCUUCAGAGCUCCAACAUGAUUUUCGAGCCGUGCCCAUCGAAUCCAGUCAACUGCAAACAAGGACCUCUCCUGUCUUCUCUCCUUGCAAAAGGCACACUAGAUAAUCUACAGUCCCUUAGCCUCACUGCAGUAGAAAACCCCUCCCUUGCCACCCUUGCCAGGCGCCAAGCCCGUCAUGCCCGUGUAGCUUGGGAUGAAGAACCUGAGAGAGAUGAUGAGAAGAACCCUUCUCCCUUUUCCAGUAUUGUCCAGUUUCCUCCGCCGGUUAUCCAGCCAACUAUUCCCGCUGCACGGCGAGCACGGUCGGCAGAAACUCUCACCGUGUCACAGGAUGUGGACGAUUCCUUGUUAGACUUCAUGUUUGUAGACCUCUAG